AUGCUGCACAAGCUGCGACGACUUGGACUGACUGUUGUCAUACUCCAGAUUCCUGCUCAGAUCGCCCUGGGCGCUGCUCAAUCGUACGGCAGUAUUUCCUCCGCCGCAGGCGUGUAUAAUUCUUCGGUCACCCCGGAAAACCUACCGUGGAAUACCUACAAUUACUGCAAUGCACCUCAUGUCAAUGCCAAACAUUAUCAACUUCCUGUGAACGCCCCAAAUGCGACGCUCGUCUACAUGAACGUUGUACUCCGUCAUCACAAGAGAACACCGGAUAAUCUCUACCCAGACGAGAACGAACUCAAUGCCAUACCUUGGAACUGCUCUGAUUUUCUUCAGUUCAGCUAUGGUGGGGGCACAACCGCUAUCUACCAUGAGACCAUCAGUCCGCCUUGGCACCCCUUCCUCAGUCAAAUCUGGAACGGAACAUGCGACCAGGGCCAAGUCACGCAGGAGGGGCUGGAUGAUGCGGUUCGUCAUGGCGAAGACUUCUGGGCGGUCUAUGCCGGGGAAUUGGAUUUCUUGCAGACCGUCAACGAACACGACAUCUUCAUCCGCACAUCUACCGAGACUCGAACAUUCCAGGUCGCGGGCGGCCUUCUGACGGGAAUGGAUCCAGCUAUGGCCACCAAGACGUUUCCGGUGACCACUCAGCCAUCUGCGAUCGAUUCUAUACCCCCGGACUACUCCUGCCCAAAUGCAGACAAUAUACGCGACGCGUACCAGUCUGUGCCCGCAUGGACCAACCAUCUCGAAGAGAACGCGGACUUGCAAAAUUGGCUGUGUGAAACGACGGGCACCACUGGCUUGACGGCGUGGACGUCCUGGUACGACCACUUCUUCGACACUUUCACCUCGCGGACCUGCAAUGGCCACCCUUUACCAUGCAACUCCACGGGAGCAUGUGUCUCUGAGCAAGAUGCCGCCAAGGUAUUUGCGAUAGGCGACCUUGAGUACAACUAUAUCUGGAAUGCCGCCGUGAACGCGACAACAUAUACCCAGCUCACGUUCGGCGUAUUUUUCAUUGAGCUCACCCACAAUUUCAAACUGUUCCGCGCAGGCGGAGAAACAUACAAAUUGAGGCUCUUCGUUGGUCACGACGGAACGAUGAUCCGGUUAGCAUCCUUGCUUGGCCUGGGCAAAAUCGCCCCCCUUCGCUGGCCAGCAAUGGGAUCUGAAAUUGUCAUAGAGGUGUGGCAGGUGACGGAUGGCGAGCAUUUUGUUCGGGUUAUACACGAAGGCACACCUGUUUCCACGCUUGCUUGGGUCCCGCUCAACGCGUUCAUUGGCCUGCUUGAAUCUCAGAUUCCAGAGGACGUCUUCCAGGCGUGUAUGGGAAGCUGA